CGCGCUCCCUAGUAACCGCGCCGUUGCUAGGGGCGGCCCGGGAGCGGCGGCCAUGGCGGCGGCGCUGAGACUCGGAGCCGUUUUCUUCCUCUUGCUGCCGCUUCGGGCAGCAGAGCCAAGCGUGGAGCUCGCAGCUAGCGCGGCGAGUCCCGCGGCGCCACCGGAGAUCCGCGCUGCCGCCCGGGCGCGGACCCGCAGCAGGCCGGCCCCGGUCACGGACGUUGCCAAGCUGUGUGUUUGUGAUCUGUUGGUGGCACAGUGUGAUGUAAAUUGCUGCUGUGACCCUGAUUGCAGUGCAGCAGAUUUCAGUCUCUUCACUACAUGCUCAGUUCCUAUUGUCACAGGUGACAGCCAUCUUUGUAGUCAGAAAGCUGCUACAUAUUCACUUGAUGUUGAAGCAGACCCACCAGAAAGGAUAUUUAAAUUAAUUGACCAAGUCAAUCCCAGUGUUUUCUGCAUUCAUGCUACAAAUUAUAAACAAGCACUGUCCUUCAGUUCCCCUGAAAUACCUACUUCUGAAAAUUUUGAUCAGUUGCUUAAACAGUUUGGAAGUGCUUCCUUCAGUGCUGAGCCUGACAGCUGGAAUAUGAACACAGAUGCUCAAAAUCCUUCUGAUGCAAAUGAAACUUGCAGAUACAAGUAUGGUGUUCCUAUACAGACAGUGGAUGCAUUUCUAAGACUACCUAGUCCUGUUGUCUCCUCUUGGUGCUCUGAUGUGAAUCCUGCAGGGUUUUUAGUAAACCAGGCUACAAAAUGCACUAGAUCAGUAAGUGUGGAAAAAUGUGGCAACAUUCAAGCAGUUAGCAUGCUGUUCUAUAUCAACUCCAGCAUUUUAGCAGUGCCCAAAUCAAGUCAGAUGGUUAACAUUACUGUCCAGUCCAUAGUUGUCCAGUCUCUGAAUGGAAUGCGGACUUUACUUAAUGGUAGUGAUGUCCUCAGGCUCCCUUUGAUUUUGGAUGAACUGUGCAUAAAUAUAGUUCUUGGGGUGAGUUAUCACAUUACAUACACAGAUGCAGGAGAAAUAAUCGAAGCAGCUGCUUCUUUUGUCUUGGGGGCAAUUAACAAAGAAGUACUUUCAAUACAGCAGAGCUUUGAAAUCAGCUUUACUCAGGUAAAUACAAAGCCAGUUCCUCUCAGUGGUAAUCCUGGUUAUGUUGUUGGACUGCCCGUAAGAGCAGGCUUCAGGCCACAAGGAUCUGGCAUCAUUCAGAAUACUAACAAAUACAGUCAACUUACCAUUCUGCAAAGUACAUCCAACCAGGAUUGUCUGGCAGCACAGGGAACCAGAACCCCAAUAUUAUUUGGUUAUAACAUGAUAUCAGGCUGUAAGUUACGAAUUACAGCAGAUAUGAAAUGCCAGCCCUUGACUCAGACCCUCCUAGAUUUACUGAAGGGACAAAGCUUUCCUGAAUAUGUGGCCUCAUUUGGAAAUUCUCAAGCCCAGGAUGUGCUCGACUGGGUGCCAAUAACUCACCUCCACACCUCAGAACAGAGCUCAUGCCAAAUACCAGUAUCUCUUGAAAUAGAAGUGAAGUGGACUAAAUAUGGAUCCCUAGUCAAUCCACAAGCCAGAAUAGUGAAUGUUACAGCAACAAUCGCUACCACCACAGCAAAGCAGCUUCCCUCAGGAAGGGAAAGGACUAUUCCUAUAAUAAGUUCUGUUGUUUUCACUGAUAGUUCUUCACCUGCAGAGCCAGGCUAUAAAGCUUGGCCCACCAUUAAUGCCAAGUUACCCUUUGAUUUUUUCUUUCCAUUUGUCUAAGGUAAGUAUGCAUUAAAAAAAAAAAAAGCCAUAUUUCUACUUUCUCUGAUUUGUAGUCCAUUUCCUAACAAAGUGAGGUUUAUCCAGUCACUGUGAUGGGCCAUCAGUUUCUUCUAAAUUGUAGACACACUGGGUUAGAAUUGGCCAAGAGAGAAAGGGUAAGCCCAUGUGAGAGUUCUCAAAAGCUUUAUAGGAGAAAAAAACCACAUUAAUUGGAAAGUUUCCAAUUAUGCCUCUGCUGAGAGGAAAAAAAAAGUUUGCAAUAUGAACUUGAUGGUGGCUCUAGCUGGCCAGUCAGCACAUGUACAGCCACCAUCCUUCCAGCACAUUGGAUGCUCUAAACUAGCACUAGCACUGAGCUGCCUGCCUAGCAGUGUGGAGGCAGAAGGGGAAGGGAAGAGCACAGGGACACAGUACAGCUCCAUAGGAAACUAGGUUUCAUUAUUCUGUGAAAAGCAGAGCUAAAUUGUUAAUUAAAGUAAUCAUGUGCUAUUAGAUAAGGCCUCUGCUUUAUCUGUUUUCAUAGAUGAAUAAGCCACCUAUUUCUAGCUAUUUUUCCCAAACCACUAAUUAAUUACCUUUCUUUAAAAAUCCAAACAGUUAAGUGAUGCUUUCAGAAAAGCUCAAUGACCCUUCCAGCUGACUCUGGCUGAAAUCAAUUGGAGACGCCUGCUACAGUCAACACCUUUCAAAAUUCCCACUUAUUGAAUCUUACUCUUCAGCUAUAAAAUAGUCUCUCCACAGGGACCUUCUAGUACCUGAGAGUUCACAUUGUGUUCAAACACCAGCCUGGUCCUUUAGAAUAUACUUUCUAAUGGCUUUUCUGGAGUCUAACUGUUCCCAGCAGCCCACUCGCCUACAUCUGUUCUUAUAUAUUCUAAUUCUUUUAAUGUGUUGAUUUAUGAGCUGUGGAAACAAAGAACUUUAUAGCCCAGCAGGCUGCAAAUGAACACUUAAAAUGGAAGAAGAAAUGAGAGAAUGCAGUAUCUGAACUCAAAUCUGAUGUUGAGAACAAGGCAUUGUUUGACAUAAGAUGGCACAUGUUUGCCUCUAUUUUGGUGCUGAUUUGAUUGUCAACUAAAGGAGCAGUAUGUUGGUAUUUUUGAAAUGAACGUUAUAUAAAUAACAAAGUGGCACAAGCAGCAACAGAAAUGAGGAAACUACCAACAAUAUGAAAAGAAUGGUUGGCAAAGAAGAGAUGUACUAAUGAUGAACAGUCAGCUUGUAGAGAAGAAAAGACCUCUUCAGGCUGGGUUCUUAUCAUUUGUACUGCAAGUUUCUACAAUAUGUUGCAAAGAAAGAACAUUAUCACAGAAAAAUGAAAUUAUUUAAAAUAAGUGGUACUUCCAGGGAUUGUAUAGCUUGUGAAGAUGUGUCUUUAUUAAAUUAUUUUGCAGUUUUGACUAUACAA